AUCUUCCGAUAAAUUUAUUACAAUCGAUCAGAAUGCGCUACACAUUCGUUUUGCUCUUCGCCGUCCUCGGCUGCCUUCUGCUUGCCCAGCAGAGCUACGGGGAUACUUCCUCGAGCACCGAGAGCUCCACUUCAAGCACUUCAGACACAUCCACCACCGCGUCGUCGUCUUCGUCUUCUGAUACGACCGAGGCGUCCUCUUCUUCAAGCGACACCACCACUACGACCACGGCUGCCACGACCACAACCUCGUCCUCGUCCUCAAGCGCGGCUGCUAAGCGUCGGAAGGCGGCCGCUCGCCGGCGUCGCCUGGCUCGUCAGCGUCGCAAGCGUCAACAGCGCCAAAGGCGUCGUCGCCAGCAACAACGUAAGAGGCGCCAGCAAAGACGGCGCCAGAACCGCCGGGGAUAGAUUCCUGUUCGAGCCCAGGAGCCUUGCCACACCAAAGAAAUUCGAAUCUUUUUUUUUAUCAAUAUUUUAUUCCUAAAAAUAAAGAACAUUUGAAAAUAA